AUGAAUUCUUCAAAAGAAGACAAGUUUCACCAUCGGAAUUCCCGGAUUCAAGAAUCAUUGGACUUGUUAUCGCUUCUACAUUCCAACAGAAAUGAGAUUGUUGAUCAUUCAUUACAUGUUGAGUUUAAGAGAGGUCGCUUAGUGAUGUCGAGUUUCCGUGCGGAUGAAGCUUCUGAUAGCAUUCUAAGAAAUGUCAUUGCAUAUGAGCAGUGCCAUGCUGGUUUAACACCCUUUACCUCUAACUACAUACAUUUCAUCAACUUUCUAAUUACAACCGAUAGAGACGUCGAAGUCCUCACUGACGCAGGGGUGCUACAGAACGGUAUGGGCCGGUCGAGUUUAGUGGUGGAGAUGGUAAAAAAUUUAAAGGUUGGUGUGGAUGUAGCAGACACCUCCCAGUAUCAAGUCAUAGCCACGAGACUCAGCGCUCACUAUUCAUCUCGUAGGAAAAGGUGUUGGGCCACUCUUAGCAGAGUAAACUUCAGCGACUUGUGGACCGGAACAGCUGCAUGUGUGGCCGUUUUCUCAUAUUUUGGACUCUGGUUGGGACGGUGGAUUCUGUCGUCCAAACUUACAAAAGCUUCAAGUAACUACAUACGCUCCAAUCGUCAAAAACUUGUUUCCAACUCUUCCUUUUGGAUUCUUUAUUUCCGUAAGAGACGUACGAUUGUGUUUUUUAACACGAAAUAA